UUUGGAGACGGACAGCACUUAGUUCCACUUGUCCGUGAAAAUAUACCAGCCCGUAAUCAAACAGCAUCCUCGUGCAGAGAGUACGCUGUUUUUUGUUUUAGAUUAAAAUAGAGUAAUGCGAUGUGGUACAAUUUUUCUAAAAUAUCAUGCAGUGACAUAAUGUUUGCAUAUAAGUAGCUAUAUUUCCAAAUGCCCUUUCCGGGAUUUACAAAAUAAAGUUAAAAGGUCGAAAACGGUGGGCACUGUACUGAAAGCACACAUAGUGCAUUAUUGAGAAUGUGGAGGGCAGUUCGGUUUCCGAGUUUGUGGCUUCCAGGGAGAAAGGCAGUCAGACUCUGCUCCAGCAACCCACCAAAACCUUCACAUCCAUUUCCUUCUCCGUCAAAGUCCUCUCCAAGGCCCCAAGCAGAGAAACAAAGGAGGAGACGAGCUCGUGAGGAGGCCAUACUGUCAAGUCAACACAGUAGUGCUGAAGUUAAAUCACUGAGUUGGAGUGAGAAGCCAAAGAUUGUUUACACUGCCCAUACAUCUCCCGGGGCAAAAAAAGACACUAGCUUGCCAUUUCCGUCCUCGUACAGUCCAGAGUAUGUGGAGUCCAGCUGGUAUCAGUGGUGGGAAAAAGAGGGAUUCUUCAGUCCUGAACGACACGAGCAGCUGUCCCACUCUGUGGAUCAGACUUUUUCUCUAUGUAUCCCUCCACCAAAUGUGACUGGCUCUCUGCACCUGGGCCAUGCUUUGACUGUUGCCAUAGAAGAUGCUCUGGUUCGAUGGAGGAGGAUGAAAGGAUAUAGGGUGCUGUGGGUACCUGGAUGUGACCAUGCAGGUAUUGCAACUCAGACAGUGGUGGAGAGGAGACUGCUGAGGGAAAAAGGAAAGUACAGACAGGACUUUACCAGAGACGGGUUUAUACAGGAGGUGUGGAAAUGGAAGAAAGAGAAAGGAGAUGAGAUCUACCAUCAGCUGAGGAUGCUGGGAGCUUCUCUGGACUGGAGCAGAGCCUGUUUCACUAUGGAUCCAAGUUAUAGCAGGGCUGUGACUGCUGCCUUUGUCAGGCUGUGUGACGCUGGUCUGAUUUACCGCUCAGAGGGCUUGGUCAACUGGAGCUGUGCUCUGGAAUCUGCCAUUUCUGACAUAGAGGUUGACUCAAAGGAUCUGUCUGGGCAGACCAUGUUGUUUGUUCCUGGUUAUGAAAACAAGGUGGAGUUUGGAACAUUGUACACAUUUGCGUACCCUUUAGAAGGCCACGAUGGUGAGGUAGCGGUGUCUACCACCCGUCCUGAGACUAUGCUGGGAGAUGUGGCUGUAGCUGUUCACCCUGAUGAUUCUCGAUAUCAGGCUGUUCAUGGGAAACAGUGCAGACAUCCUUUCACCAACAGACUCCUGCCUAUCAUCACUGACCCAACAGUUGACAUGGAACUAGGAACUGGUGCAGUGAAGGUGACUCCUGCUCAUGACCAUACAGAUUUCCUGCGAUCACAGAAACACUCACUGCAGCGCGUCACUGUGAUUGGAGGAGAUGGAACAAUGAUGCCAUCCUGUGGACAGUGGCUAGAGGGAGUAAAGCGUUUCAAUGCCAGACAACUUGUUGUGAAUGCUCUGGUUGAGAAAAAACUGUUCAGAGGAAAGAAGAGUCACGCCAUGACUUUGCCCAUCUGCAGCCGCUCCGGAGAUGUCAUUGAACCUCUUUUAAAGAAGCAAUGGUUUGUCCGCUGCAAUGAAAUGGCCGAUAAAGCUAUAAAGGCUGUCGAGGAUGGACAGCUGGAAAUCAUUCCUCACUACUACUCCAAGACAUGGAAGAACUGGCUGUCAAACAUCAGUGAUUGGUGUGUGUCCAGACAGCUCUGGUGGGGUCAUCAGAUCCCUGCUUAUCAAGUAGAGCUGCCUAAUUCUACAGACAAACAGGAGGAGCUGUGGGUUUGGGGAGAGAGCGAGGACGAGGCCCGACAGAGAGCUGCUGUCAAAUAUGGAGUGAAACCUGAAACCGUCACUUUAACUCAGGACCCGGAUGUGCUAGACACAUGGUUCUCCUCGGGGCUCUUUCCUUUUGCCAUGCUUGGCUGGCCAGAGCAGACCACCGACUUUCAGGACUUUUAUCCAAACUCCAUUCUGGAGACAGGCAGUGACCUUAUUUUCUUCUGGGUGGCAAGGAUGGUCAUGUUGGGAACAGAGUUGACCGGACAACUACCCUUUAAGCAGGUUAUUUUUCAUUCUUUAGUAAGAGAUAAAUAUGGCAGAAAAAUGAGUAAAUCUCUGGGAAAUGUCAUCGACCCAUUAGACGUUAUUCAUGGAGUCUCUCUGGAGAGACUUCAGGAGAAAGUAAAGGAGGGAAACCUUGAACCAAGGGAGCAGCUCGUUGCCAUGGAAGCACAGGUCAGCUCCUACAAAAGACUUCCCAGUGGCAUCCCUCAGUGUGGUACCGAUGCUCUUAGGUUUGCUCUCUGCUCUCACAAGAUACAGGGAGAAGACAUUAGUCUCUCCAUCUCACAGGUCCUGGGCUCCAGACACUUCUGUAAAAUGUGGCAGACCCUGAGGUUCACACGGGUUCUGGGUGACAACACAGCAUCAGUGGGGACACUGGAAGAGUGUUUCCCUCUAAGCAGCAUGGACCGGUGGAUCUGCUCAAGACUCCACAGCACAGUUGUACAGUGUGAGCAUGCCUUUGAAGCUUAUGAGCUGCACACUGUUACAUCUGCCCUGUACUCCUUCUGGGUGCACAGCCUGUGUGAUGUCUACAUGGAGCAUAUAAAAUCAGUGUUGGGCCGGCAGGACGCAGGGACAGUGAUCCAGAAUGACAAAGAGGGACAGGCAGUGCAAGGGCAGACGGCCAGCACUGUCCUCUAUCACUGUGUGUCCAUGUCUUUGGCACUACUCUCCCCUUUCAUGCCUUUCAUUACUGAGGAACUGUGGCAAAGACUCCAGCCAUUCAGAUCUGGAUCUGCUGACCAAGCCAGCCUGUGUUUACAGCCAUACCCUCACUCCUCUCAGCUGACUCACUGGUAUUUUCCUGAAGAGGAAAAAGAUUUCCUGCUGGUACAGGAAGUGAUCCGAGUGGCCCGCUCACUAAGAGCCCAGUGUGGCAUGACCAAAGAAAAACCAGUCAUGUGGGCAGUGUGUUCUCCCCGCCAGGCCCAGGCCCUCCUUCACUUUGGGUCCGCUGUUUGGACUUUAAGCCGGAUCUCCAGCCUACAGAUCCACUGUCCUGACGGAGCAGACAGUCUCCUCUCUGUCUGCUCCACUCCUCCACCUAAAGGAAGCCUCAUUGGUGUGGUAGACCACACUUGUCAGCUACACCUUCAUGUUCAAAGUGGAAUGAACGUUGACAAACAGAUUCUGCAGCUCUCUCAAAGUAGAGCUAAGCUGGUUCCAAAACUGGAGGAAAUUCUGUGCAGAGUUCAAUCUUCGGACUACUUGACCAAGGUUCCUGCUCAUGUCAGGCAGCAGAUGGACAGCAAGAUGUCAGCUUUACAGCAGAAACUGCAGACCAUUGAGGAUCAGCUGAAGGUGCUGCAAGAGAUGCAAAGAGAAGAGUAACUACAUUAUCAUGCAUUACAGUAACUGUGUGGAGUGCUGGACAUGACAACUAAUAAACGCACCAUAUUUAUUA